AGCACCCGGCACAGCUGGCUGGGAGCGGCGAGGGGCAGUGCGUCCGCACGCCUUACCUGGGGCGUUGGCACUGCCAGGGUUAUCAAUGCCGAGAAGUCGGAGUUCAACGAGGACCAGGCAGCCUGCUGUCAGAUCUCCAUCCGAAGGAGAGAGCCGGGCCUGGAGGAGGACGAGGAAUGGCUGAUCCUGUGUUCCACGCAGUUUUUGACUGGUUACUACUGGGCACUGUUUGACGGCCACGGUGGCCCAGAAGCUGCCAUCAUCGCCUCCAACUAUUUGCACUACUGCAUCAAGCAGAAGCUGGAGGAGGUUGUGGGAGGCAUCACGGAGGCCCGUCCCCCCAUGCACCUCAGUGGACGCUGCGUUUGCGACAGUGACCCCCAGUUUGUGGAGGAGAAGCACAUCCACGCAGAAGACCUGGUGGUGGGAGCCCUGGAGAACGCCUUCCAGGAAUGCGAUGAAGUCAUCGGCCAGGAGAUGGAAGCUACAAACCAGACAGGAGGCUGCACUGCUCUGGCUGCCCUUUACUUCCAGGGAAAGCUGUAUGUGGCUAACGCUGGGGACAGCAGGGCGAUUCUUGUUCUGAAGGACAAUGUCAUGCCCCUGAGCUGCGAGUUCACGCCCGAGACAGAAAGGCAGCGAAUCCAGCACUUGGCUUUUCUUUUCCCCAAGCUCCUGGACGGCGAGUUCACUCGCUUUGAGUUUCCACGGAGGUUGAAGGGAGAUGAUGUGGGCCAGAAAGUCCUGUACCGGGAUUACUUCAUGGAGGGCUGGGGAUACAAGACAGUGGAGAAAGCCGACCUCAAGUAUCCUCUUGUCCAUGGUCACGGGAAGCAGGCUCGCUUGCUGGGGACUCUGGCUGUCUCUCGAGGUCUGGGGGAUCAUCAACUCAAAGUCAUCGACACCAACAUUGAAGUCAAACCUUUCCUCUCCUGCAUUCCCAAGGUGAAUGUAUUUGACUUUGCUCUGCAUGACAUUAAGGAAGACGAUGUUCUCAUCAUGGCAACUGAUGGCCUUUGGGAUGUUCUGUGCAACAAAGAGGUGGCCCAUAUGGUCAGGAGCUUCCUUGCAGAAAACAGGACAGAUCCUCAAAGAUUUUCAGAACUGGCCAAGUGCUUGGUAUGCAGAGCAAGGGGAAAGAAGAGAGGCCACCAGUGGAUGCUGGAUGACAGCCACGAGGCAUCCUACGAUGACAUCUCUGUAUUUGUCAUCCCACUACACAACAGGGAUGAGGACUGA